AUGUUCACGAUAAGUCAAGUCGGUGAAGGUCUUAGCUUUUGGAAAAGGUCGUUGGCACCCGUCUUGACGGAAGAGGAGAUUUUAUCACGGUCGAUAAGUUCGCGACGCCGCAAACUGUCAAUGGACAUGCAGAUCGCGAUUGAACCAGUGAGGCGAAACAUAGUCAUAGGUGGUGCGGAAAACCACAAACAUCUCUCAGUGCCAAACGUUCCUCAUCGUCGUAGGAGAUACUCGAAAAAUGCACGUCCAGAAGAUUAUACGGGUUUUGAAGAAGCGAAUGAUCCGCAGGAGGCAGCUGAUGAGGAGGACGAUGAGGACGAACAGUCUGAUGUUGCCGAAUCCGAUGCCGAUGAUGCUAACGAAUCUGCAACUGAUAUCGAAAACAUUCCAGUUAUGAAUCUUUUAAAAGACAGCAAAGAACCUCCGGACAAGCUAAGGGGCUUUAUGAAAUAUCGCCGCCAAAAGGUCGUUUAUCGCCCGGUUGAAGAACGGAUUAAAACCUGGAAUGAGAUUACAGAUUAUGGUUCAGUACGUUCGAAUAUUCGUGAACAGGCAGCAAGAUGUAUGGAUUGCGGUGUGCCAUUUUGCCAGGGAAACAACGGCUGCCCACUUGGAAAUAUCAUACCAAAAUGGAAUGAUUACGUAUUCAAGCAGAACUGGCGGCAAGCGCUGGAACAAUUACUGCAGACAAAUAAUUUCCCGGAAUUUACGGGCCGUGUCUGUCCAGCUCCUUGCGAGUCGGCGUGUUGUUUGGCAAUCACAUCGCCAGCGGUAACGAUCAAAAGCAUCGAAUGCGCCAUUAUUGACUACGCAUUUUUGCAAGGCUGGAUGGAGCCACAUAAACCAAACUACAGCACUGGAAAACGCAUUGCAAUCAUCGGAAGUGGCCCAGCAGGGAUGGCAGCCGCGGCACAACUGAACAAAGUAGGACAUGCAGUUGUCGUCUACGAGAAAAAUAACCGUGCUGGUGGCUUGCUGAGAUAUGGUAUACCGAUGAUGAAGCUGGAUAAAUAUGUGGUUGAUCGAAGAGUAAAAUUAUUGGAAGAUGAGGGCGUCAAAUUUAUAACGAAUACCGAAAUAGGAAAACAUGUGCCGGCUGAUUUCCUACUUAAGGAUAACGAUGCCAUAUUGGUGUGUACAGGUGCAAUGGUGCCGCGUGAUUUGCCGAUUCCGAAUCGUGGUGCGAAGGGGAUUUGUUUUGCAAUGCAAUUUUUAGAAAAAAGCCAGCGGAUUUUAGCAAGAGAGGAGAGUGCAUGGGAAGGUUUAGAUGCCAAAGGAAAACGUGUUAUCGUUCUUGGAGGUGGAGAUACCGCUACCGAUUGUAUCGGUACCUGUAUAAGACUGGGAGCGGAAAGUAUAAAAGCGCUAGAGAUAAUGCCACGACCACCGGAUGAACGAUUUCCAGACAAUCCCUGGCCGCAAUGGCCCAUUAUAUUCCGGACUGAUUAUGGGCACGAAGAGUGUAAGCAUAUUGCAGGAGAUGACCCACGCCUGUUUGGUUUAUCCACCAAGAAAUUUUUGGUCAGCGAAAGUGCCACAGGACAGAAAAUUUUGAAUGGCUUAUCAACAGUUCGUGUGGAAUGGACGAAAACGGAAAAUGGGGCGUGGCGGAUGUCCGAAGUUGCAGAUAGCGAGGAAGUAUUCCCUUGCGACUUAUGUAUACUUGCAAUGGGUUUUACGGGUCCUGAAAAGGUAGUACUCAUAUUCAAAAAUUAAUU